AUGUCCGGACGUGGCAAAGGAGGCAAGGCAAAGGGCAAGAGCAAGACCCGUUCCAGCCGUGCGGGUCUCCAGUUCCCCGUGGGCCGCAUCCACCGUCUCCUGCGCAAGGGAAACUACGCUGAGCGCGUCGGAGCGGGCGCUCCCGUCUACCUCGCGGCCGUCCUCGAGUACCUGGCUGCCGAAGUGCUCGAGCUCGCCGGCAACGCGGCUCGCGACAACAAGAAGACCAGGAUCAUCCCCCGCCACCUGCAGCUGGCCAUCCGCAACGACGAGGAGCUGAACAAGCUGCUCUCCGGCGUUACCAUCGCGCAGGGCGGCGUGUUGCCCAACAUCCAAGCCGUGCUUCUGCCCAAGAAGACCGAGAAGAAGGCUACCGGCGGGAAGGCUCCGCGUAAGCAGCUUGCCACCAAGGCUGCUCGCAAGAGUGCACCUGCCACCGGCGGUGUCAAGAAGCCGCAUCGUUAUAGGCCGGGCACCGUGGCCCUGCGUGAAAUCCGUCGUUACCAGAAGUCGACCGAGCUGCUGAUCCGCAAGCUGCCGUUCCAGCGCCUGGUGAGGGAAAUCGCGCAGGACUUCAAGACCGACCUGCGAUUCCAGAGCUCGGCUGUGAUGGCUCUUCAGGAGGCUAGCGAGGCCUACCUGGUCGGUCUCUUCGAGGACACCAACCUGUGCGCCAUCCAUGCCAAGCGCGUUACCAUCAUGCCCAAGGACAUCCAGCUGGCCCGCCGCAUCCGUGGCGAGCGUGCCUAAGUUCGACCGCUGUCUGCACCGCGCAGCCUUGCGUCAGGCAAGCAACACAAAACGGUCCUUCUCAGGACCACCUACAUGUCUGCUUCGGCUACGGGAAUACGCGAGACCACG